CCUGGCAAUCAGACGGUGCAGCCAGAGUUCCGCCGCGGGUCGGGCGCGCCUCUGCCUCUCCGCCCGCCCCGGUCUCCGAUCGGCCGUUCCUGUUGCUGGAAGGGGGAGGGAUUAAGGGUUCCCCACCUGGGCCCCGAUCCUCCUAUCGCCUCCCCCCCCUUCUGAACUUCCUCCUUCCUGUCAUGGGGGACCAUUUGGCCCCUAUCUCGACCGCCUUCUCCUCUCCGACCAUGGACGAUCUUCUCCCACUGAUCUUUCAGCAAAACUGGGGUCUUCAGGACUCCACCCCCAGCACGCCUUUUGUGGAGAUCAUUGAACAGCCCAAGCAGCGGGGCAUGCGUUUCCGUUACCAGUGCGAAGGACGCUUGGCUGGCUCCAUUCCUGGGGAACGCAGCACAGACACCACGAAGACACACCCCACCAUCAAGAUCCAUAACUAUGUGGGUCCAGGCAAGGUCCGCAUCUCCCUGGUGACCAAGGAAACUCCCCACCGGCCCCACCCCCAUGACCUGGUGGGAAAAGACUGCAAAGAAGGCUUCUACGAGGCAGAGCUGGCAUCAGAGCGCUCCAUCCACAGUUUCCAGAACUUGGGGAUCCAGUGUGUGCGGAAACGAGACCUGGAGAAAGCUAUAGCCAAGCGGAUCGAAACCAACAACAAUCCUUUCAGUGUGCCCCUGGAAGAACUAAAAGGAGAUUACGACCUGAAUGCUGUUCGGCUCUGUUUCCAGGUGUGGAUUCGAGACGCAGCCAGCGGUCACUUGGUUCAGCUGCCCUUAACUGUGUCGCAGCCAAUCUAUGACAAUCGUGCCCCCAACACAGCUGAGCUGAAGAUCUGCCGUGUGAACCGUAACUCAGGGAGCUGCUUGGGGGGAGACGAGAUUUUCCUUCUCUGUGACAAAGUGCAGAAAGAGGACAUUGAAGUCCGCUUUUUCAAGGAUUCCUGGGAAGCAAAGGGCUCCUUCUCUCAAGCUGACGUCCACCGCCAAGUGGCCAUUGUCUUCAGGACCCCCCCUUACAUGGACCAAACCCUCCGUGAGCCAGUGAUGGUUCAGAUGCAGCUGCGCCGCCCAUCAGACAAGGAAGUCAGUGGCCCCAUGGAGUUCCGCUACCUCCCAGAUGAAGGUGAUUUCCAUCGCAUCGAGGAGAAACGCAAACGGACGCUUGGGACCUUCAAGAACUUUGUGCAGAAGGCGCCCUUUGCAGUCAACCUUCCAGAAUCCCGCUCCCCACGCCGCAUCGCUGUUCCAAAGCAUGGCUCACCCCGGCCUAACACCAGCGGUGUUCCAGGGCUCUUGGGAGCUCCAGGGCAACUCCCAUCGUCUAUUACAAAACCACAGACCAUGCCCCAGCCUUCCUCGGGCUUCUCCUUCUCUGGGCCCAGCCAUGUCCGUCCUCCAGCGACUGCCAUGCAGCCCGACUUCAGCACAGUAAACUUGGAAGAUCUGUCCGGCCUGGGUGUGUCCCAGAGGGUCCAGCACUCCGAGUCAGAGGCGGAGACCAGCAUUGCAGACGCAAUCCUGCACCUUCACUUUGAGGGAGGAGACGGGGGAGCCAUGGAGCUCAGUGGGCUCUUGGAUGACGCCCCCUACACCAGCUUGGAGGGGAUCAACACGACAGAAUUCCAUCAGCUCCUCACGGAGGGGCACGCCCCCACAUCGCUCCCAGACAACCAGGGCACUCUGCUCACUUACCCCGAGUCCAUCACACGCCUGGUGAGCCAGCGGCGGGCAGAAGGGGAGGCUGGCGAUGGCAAUGGUGGCGGUGGAGGGGGCAGCUCGGCCAGCAGCUUCGUCAAUGGCAUUUUGGGGACCCUUCCAGGUGAAGACAGCUUCUCCAUGGUGGACCUGGACUUGAACUCUCUCCUGAGCCAGCUGAAUUCAUAAUACGCUCUCUCCCUGGACUUGGGCUCAGAUGCCAGCUGUCUUCUGCCUGUGCCUGACUUUGCAAUUUGUACUCCCAUUUGGUGGCUUUUCCUAGCCAGACUUCUGGAUGGGGCCACCUUCAAUUGAGCUAGUGAGCUGGCUUCUUGGAACUAGGACAGGCUCUACUUAAUCUAACCUACCCCAACCCUAUUUCUGGGAACCAGAUGGCCUGGAUUCGGGCAGGGGCAGACACUUUCCCAGAUGUUGGGAGCUGUGUGUGGCCGGUUGCUUGGGGUAGUUGGCUGCUGUUCCCCUACUCAGCUCAGAGGCUGUUUCUCUUCCGGAUGUGUUUGUGUGUUAAUAUUUUUUUGCAGGGGAAGGGAGAGGGGGAUUGCAUCCCACCCCAACUGUUGCUCAGAUGGGUAUUUUUAUAUCAGCUGGCUAGUGUUGCCAACCCCUUUAUUUUUGACAGGUUUCCUGUGCCUUAAGAACUAUACAACAAGCAACUUCUCAGUACCAAACAGUUCUUCCUUGGAACCAGGAGGGGGGAGGAUUGGGAAAAUCUGGUGUCUCUGUGAUGGGACAGUUACAUGGAAGACCUAAUUCAUAACUGACUUAUCUGAAGAUGGUCUGCAAAAAAAUUUUUAGCUGGAAUGCCUUAAAAAAAUAUGCACCAUUAACAGACUGAAAGUUCCAGCUCUAGAGCUUUGCCUGUCUCAGGAGGGAGAGAAAACGGGCAGGAAACACAGGGGAGAAAUAGCUUCCUCUUCCUUCCUGAAGCUGACUUCUGAGGAGGCUAAGGGGCUCUUCAUGGUCUCUGAAAGGGGAAAGAGGUGAGACCUGAGCCCAGUUUUGGAGCAGGGCUGCCAGUUCCCUUCCAUUACCUUAAAGAGAAGCACAGUUAAGAUAAGCCGUGGAAGCCUCCAGGAGUGCCAUAAUUGCUUUCCAGAGACAGUCCUAAAUAGGGAUGGAUCCUAUUAAGAGGGGCUGUGGCUCAGUUUAACAGUGGAUGUUAACCUGUUUGGCAUGCAGAAGGUCCC